UUCUCAGAUUAUUGUUUGUUUACGUUUACGUCAUGUUUACAUUUUUAUCUAAAUAGAGACUUACCUAUAUUUGCCUAAAUUUAAUUUCAUAACAAAUGGACGAAGCGCGCUGUAGGGCUCGGCAUGCGCUCGGCAUGCUACCAGUCGCAAAUGUGCCGCAGUGACGAAACGGAUAGUGUGUUCUGUGUUGUCUAAAAACAGUAACCGUGCCAUCUAAUAAUAUGGCAUGUAGAAAAUAUUGUGCUGUCUUUGGUUGCAUGAAUUCCUCAUUAUCGCACCCAGAAACAACUUUUUUUAAAUUACCUGGAAACACCGAAAGAUGUCAUCAAUGGUUGCUACUGAUCCAUCGAGAUGAUUUGAAAGACAAAUCUAACUUUGCUUCCUACCGUGUUUGUGAAAAACAUUUUAAUGUGGAGGAUAUACUACAAUCGUCAAACCGAAAACUUUUAAAAAAGAAUGCCCUGCCUUUGUUGAUGCUGCCAAGCUUAGUCAGUACUGUCCCAGAAGAUUCUCUAAAAGAAGACAAAGAAACUCAAACUGCUCCGUUGGAAAGAAAGGAAAAUUUUACACAGACUAAAAAGGCAACGAAUAAAACUUUUGCUCAAACCUCAAAGAGUCUCUCUAGUAACACUCCAAGGAUAAUGAAAUUGAAGGCUGAACUCCGGCAAUGCAAAAAGAAAAUAAAAUUACUCGAAACUGAAAAUAAAAAACAAAAAGCUGAAGAAAAUACUUUCCAUCGACUUUGCGAUAAAUUUUUGACCGACAAACUGGCUCUCCUGAUAAAAGCACAAAGUAAACUAAAACAACAUGGAAAAGGAAAUCGAUACGAUGAGGACUACAUCAUUUACUGCUUAAAUUUAUACCACAUCAGCCCACAAGCAUACGAGUUUUUGCAAAGUGCGUUAUGUCUUCCCUGUCCUUCGACAUUGUACAAUCAACAGCAACGUCACAAAAUAGACUCACUGCCGAUGGGGCAAUAAAAACUUGGGACUGCGACAGCGCUUACGUAUCUCAUUCAUAUACAGUAUACACUAUACAGGUCUUAUGGGGAGGCGUAGUAUUGCAAGUGUAUCGUUUAUUUAAUUGUUAAUACUAUAAGUAGUUAAUACCUACCUACUAUUAUGUGUAGAAAUAAUGAAGUAAGUAAUAAAU